AUGCAUGUCCCUUUAAAGCGAAGGUUAACAGUCUUUAUGAUGGCCGCAUUGAUCUUCCAUACUUUUGACAACUAGUACUAACUGUAUUAGUUUAACCUAUAAUCGUCGUAAUAUGGUGCUGACAGUAAUCGGGACGUGGCCGUUUGCUUUCAAAGCCGUUGAGGUCACUGCACGUUUUCUUUCCACGCCGUGCAACGUCGUCGAUGCCGUGGAAGCGGGAAUCAACGAAAUCGAGCAGUCAUACCAAUUAGCCAGUGUCGGUUGCGGAGGGAAGAGAAAUGCUGAAGGAAUACUGGAACAAGAUGCUGCCAUAAUGAAUGGUGCAGACCUCAGUUUUGGGUCUGUGACGGCACUUCAAGGUAUUUCGAGGCCCAUUUCUGUAGCCAAAGCAGUCAUGGAAGUCUCUCCCCACAGUAUGUUAACUGGGGAAGGUGCUUUGAAGUUUGCUAUUCAACAAGGCUUUAAAGUGGAAGACAAAUUAAUGAAACCACAGACACCGGGUGUUCCUAGUCACACUGGAAUUCAUGACACUCUCGGUGUACUGGCAGUUAAAGAUGAGCACGUGUGUGCAGGUGUGAGCACCAGUGGUAUGGCAGGCAAGUUUCCUGGCAGGGUUGGAGAUAGUGCUUUGCCCGGCUGUGGUCUGUAUGCAGAUGCCAAUGUUGGGGCAGCCUGCUCUACUGGUCAUGGAGAUGAAAUUCUCAAGUUUUGUCCCAGUUUUAAAGUGGUGCAAUUUUUAGAACAGAAUUUAACACCCCAGGAGGCUUGUGAGAGAACUAUUAGAGAAAUCUUGGAGAGACUACAGAGGCUGGGAAAGAAUCAAUUUGAGAUGGCUGUCAUGGCAGUGGACAUGCAGGGAAACUUUGGAACAGCUGGAACGGUGUCCAGCGUCAAGGACAGACAGACUGGAGAGAUUUAUGAUGGCUUCCCCCAUGUUGUGUGGACCGAGGGGAUGAACAAAGCAGAAAUUAAAGUCCAGUCCCCAUGUAUUAUAAAAUAAUUUUGCAGAAAUUAAAGUCCAGUCCCCAUGUAUUAUAAAAUAAUUUUGCAGAAAUUAAAGUCCAGUCCCCAUGUAUUAUAAAAUAAUUUUGCAGAAAUUAAAGUCCAGUUCCCAUGUAUCAUAAAAUAAUGUUGCAGAUAUUGAAGUCCAGUCCUUAUGUUUUAUAAAAUAAUGCUGCAAAAGUUAGUCCAGUUUUCAUGUUUUAUAAAAUAAUAUGCAGAAAUUGAAGACUAGUACACAUUUAUUAUAAAAUAAUACUUCAGAAAUUGGAGUCCAGUCCCCAUGUAUCAUAAAAUAAUGCUUCAAGUCCAAUCCACAUCUAUAUACUAGUGUGUGUGUGUGUGUGUAUACAUACACAUAUACUCAACAGCAAAAGAAACGCAAGUUUUUUAAAGAGGCUAAAAAUUAUUUGAAAAGUUAGAUUUUUCACCUGCAUGUAAUGUAAUGAGUGUAUUUUGAAGCAAAUCAUCCUUUGUAACAGUUUUCAUUUCGUUUUGGUCGCAUUUACGGUUGAAGCAUGUCAUCAAAACAUACCAUAGGAAAAUGUCAUGGGAUUGUCAAGUAAGAGAUCCUCGUGAAAAUCAAAAAGCAUGCUUUGUUCAUGACAUUAUAGGGUAUAAAAAUACCCAAUUUUAAAAAUUUAUUCACCAAUAUUUAUGUCGUACGAAUAUGCCAAGACUUACCUCACAACAGCAGGAACAAGCAAUCGGACGCCUACAGGCAGGUGAAAGCGUUAGUAAUGAGGUGGGGGGGGGGGGGGGGGGGGUUGAAAA